CUUCCCCUUUUCCACCCUCUCCUCCCUCCCUUGUGUAAUCUGCUGAUGUGGUUGCCGGGGUUAGUUUUUCUCUCUCUCUGCUUCCCGGGCGCGGCGUGUUACUUUGUUACAGGUUUCCAUUGAGAAACGUUACGUAUAGUCGAGAGGUCACUUCCACGGUGAAAUUGAUCGGCCAACGUAGAAAAAGAUAAAGAAUAAAAUAGAACGGCUUCUUGAAUCUGGACCUGUUCGAGACGAUUUCAGAGAGCCAAAGAGAAAGAAACCGCAACAAAUUCGUCGUCUGGUUGUUUUCCCCUUCAUUAUUUCUCUGUUAUGGUGUACUAAAAGCCGAACUUUGAGCCGAAAGUAUUUAGAAAGAACGAGAAAUUUGGAGAAAGUGUUAAAUUGGCUUGAGUCUCUUUUUUUUUUCUUUGUACUGUAUUAACGGCCGAAAAUACAUUUUAUUCAUAGGAUAUCUUUGACGGCAGUUAGAAAUCUUAUUUUAAUAGUUGAACUUUAUUAAGGGGUUGAAAAGUAACCCUUUUUCUAAACGUCUUGUUAGCUUGCGAUGGAUGAGAACAGAAAUCCAGAGGAGAUAGUACUGCUGCAUAACACACUCAACAAGAUGAAGAAAAAAUCAGGUGCCUGGGAUUCUAACUAUGGACCUGACAAAGAGAUAGAAGCAAUUGUAAACCGUGAUGUCGAAGAGACCAGCCCGCUCAGCUCAUCGAAUGGGUUGAACAUCCGCAACCGCAAAUUGUCAGAAAGUGCAUCUGUUCCAAAGCAUGUGCAGAAAGCUGGCCCCCCAAAUCAUUUUGAUUUCAAACCCAAGCACUUCCAUUCAGGUUACCGUAACGACAGACGAAACUUCAAGGAGUUUGACAAGAGGUCAAAGGACAACACCAGGAGGCCUGACAGGAAGGAAUGGGGCACUCCAAAUGGGAAGAUUAAUGGCUACCAUAUUGGUGACACUGUAACUAAACCCAUAAGAGAUGGUGCAGGUCCUGACCAUGGAAGUGCCCAGUGGCGUUGGAAGGGUCGGAGAAACAGCAGAGAUUCUAUAGGGUCUUUGGAGGAUAAAAGCCGUUCCCCUGUAAAUGGGAAAGAAACAUCCCCCAAGCAGGAGCUUGAUAAGCCAAGAGUGUCAUCCUCUGCAGCAGACCCCGGUAGAUCGUCCCACUCCAGCAAUGCCAAGCCAAGUGGAAGGUAUUCCUCACCUGCUUCACAUGGUGUCAAGAAUGAAGGUGAGGGAUUGCGUAAGAAUCAUGAUGGAAAGUCGUCUGCAGUCAAGAAACCUGAGGAACGUCCCAAACCAAAAGUGUGUAGCACGGUAGUUGCUGAUGACUCCUGGUCACUCUUUAAGCCUCCACCUGUUUUCCCUGUUGACAAUAGUAGUGCAAAAAUUGUUCCUAAAAUUAGUUAUGCCAGCAAGGUAAAGGAAAACCUGAAUAAGGCACCUAUAGAGUCCGUUCUUUCACAUCCAGGGAAGCCUGUGCAGGUUCCUGCAUCUGCUGUCAAAACUAUUGCUUCCAAUGGUUUGCCGAAUGGCAUUAUUUGUAACUCUUCAGAGGGUCGUUUGAGUACUGCUUCUUCACCAGCUCCUCCUAUUGUUGAACAACCCCAGCCUCAUUUCCAUGCCCCACCACCAGAACUAGUAUUGGUUAGUGAGCAUGUAUCUGUAACUGAAAAUGGACCUUCCCCCUCUUCUCUUCAGUCCAGUCAUUUGGAAAGUUCCCUUCCCCCACCGGGUCAGCAAAACUUGGGUGCCAUUUUCCAGAAUGAGUGGGGCCUCUCCUUUAUCAAUGAUCCAGGUGCUGAUGCGGAAAAAACAAGGGAUACAAGUAGGACUGAAGGUAUAGUGGACAGCUUUCCUUCUGCUUUAGGUACUGAUGUCCCACUCUGGCCAGUGCGGGAGUCUGAGAUCCAUGGUGGUGCAAACUCCAGUUUAGGUAAUCUUCCUGUGGACUCUGGUAACCAUGCCUCCCCGGGCUUCUGCACAGCAACAGUUAAAGACACUGAAGCACUGAAUAUAAACCAUGACUGCUUGGAUAGUUCAAGUCCAUGUAAUUUAGAAGCAAUUAUCAGCUAUCAUGUAAAAGAAUGGGAACAGGUGUGGAUGCGCCAUGAACAAGAUCCUAAGAGAGUGAUAUUCUACAGUGAAUGUCUAGAGCAAGUGUUUUAACGUUUACCAGAAGAAUUGAUUCAUGUGUUCUUCCUUCAUAAUGUUUCCAAUGGACUGGAACUCCUGUAGCCCUGCAACCCUCUAAAAACAAACAGUUGCUGUAAUCCAGUGAUGACAUGGACCCAUCUCUGGCAUUCUGAAUAGCAGCUGCAACAGCAGCACCUUGAGACUCUGAUAGGCCUUGUUCAAAUUUUAAGUAUAUAUAUAUAGUAUAUAUACAUAUGUAUAAUUAAAAUACAUUCAAAAUGGACACUUUUUACUAAUUAAAGAUCCUAUUUGUUUUAA